AUAUAAGUCUAUGAUCAGUGCUGAGCAGCUGAACUGACCUUGAUACGAGAAAAAGGAAAACAAAUGGAAAAAGUGGAAAGUGCAUGAACUGAAAUAUGGAUAUAACAUUAUUAAUUGCUUUGGCAUCUUUAAUUUCAUUAUUGAUCUUUGCAGUAGGGUUCUAUUUAUCAACUAAAAAACCACCCACACAUGCACAAGAACCCCAAGACAGAGCUGGGGGUGUUCCCCUCAGAAGAGCUCAGCUUGCUCGAAAUCGUGGAAUUCGAUUGCGAGCUGCUCAACAACAACAUAAUGAAAACAUCGCUGCUGAAGAGUCAGAACCUGAAAGAAAUGUUGACUUAGGGGAUGCUAAAAUAGGCGCUAAGAAGAGGGCGAAAUUGGAAGCAAAAGCUGAAAAGAAAGCACAACGGGAAGCUGAAGAAAGAUUGAGGAGUGAUAGGAAGGAAAGGGAAAAGCAGUUGGAUGAAGAAAGAAAGAAGAUAGAGGAAAAAGAAAGGUUGGAAGCAAAAAAGAAAGAAGAAGAGGAAAAAAGGAUGAGAGAAGAGAAAGAACGGAGAGAAUAUGAGGAAUAUUUAAAAAUGAAAGAAGCAUUCUCUGUAGAAGAAGAAGGUUUUGAUGAAGAUGAACAGGAUGAACAGAACCUACUGCAGGAAUUUGUUAACUACAUUAAGAACAAUAAGGUAGUUAUAAUUGAAGAUUUAGCAGCACAUUUCAAAUUGAAAACUCAAGCUGCAUUGGACAGAAUCAAAGAUCUCCAAAAUGACAAUAUAUUAACUGGUGUGAUUGAUGAUAGGGGGAAGUUCAUUUAUGUUUCGCAAGAAGAAAUGGGGGCUGUUGUCAAAUUCAUCAAGCAAAGGGGCAGAGUUUCGAUAUCAGAAUUGGUGGAUCAUAGUAAUAUUCUAAUAAACAUGACUCCUAAGGUUUCUGUUUGAAAUUGAUGUCGUAUGUUGUUAUUCAUAAUUGAAAAAUGUAUAAAAUGAUUGAAGAAA